GCUUCGUCUUCUGCGACUCGUUCCAGAGGUGAGUCUCACCUACCAAGAAAACAGAGUAAAGAUAAGAGGAUUCUUCUAGUGUUGAUUGUUCUGUUCUGUGGAGUCCGAGAAACAAAGUAGGAGCGUUCAUCAAUCAUCUGAAGUGAACUCGAAUCAUUUGAGGUCCUCCGUUGAGCUCCGUUUCUGCCGAUGGCCGAUCGAGUCCACCCCAGAGACUCCCCACCCAUGGAUAGAACUGCCCAACAAGCACCGGAAAAGCCCGAAUCUCCUCCGAAACUGCCCCUAUCAGUUCCAGAGAAACCAGUUCCUCCGCCCGGGACCUACGUCGUCCAAAUCCCCAAGGAUCAAAUCUACCGGGUCCCACCACCGGAAAAUGACCGCAAGUACAAACUCUACAGCCAGCGCAAAAACCGCCGGAACCGCUGCUGCUGCUGCUUCUGCUGGUCACUCGGCCUUUUAGCUCUCCUUAUCUUUCUUAUUGCCAUUGCCGCCGGCGUUUUCUACCUCGUCGUCCGGCCGAAAAUCCCAAGUUACUCCGUCGAGGACGUCUCCAUCAAGGGCUUCAACCUGACUUUAACGGAUCCGACGAUCUCGCCGGUGUUCAACGUUACCGUGAGAGCCGAAAACCCAAACAAGAAGAUAGGCAUCUAUUACGAGACAGGAAGCUAUGUCGCCGUGUCGUAUACGGACGUCAAAUUAUGUAACGGCGCCUUGCCUGCUUUCUUUCAGCCCAGUAAAAAUGUAACGGUCUUUGCAACGGAGUUAAAGGGGUCGGACUUGAGACUGUCGAGUCAAGUGCACGCGACGCUGACGCAGGAACAGAAGUUGGGCAAAAUUCCGUUAGGGCUGUAUCUGAAGGUUCCCGUUAGGGUUAAGGUUGGCUCCGUUAAGACUUGGACGAUUACCGUUAAGGUUCAUUGCGAUAUAACGGUGAAUAAACUAUCAGUGGAUGCGGCCGUUCUUUCGAAGAGUUGUGAUGCUAGACUAAAGCCCUGGAAGGACUAAUAAGGUGGAACUGCUUAUAGCCGUGGGUUGGAGAUAUUGUUUUUUUUUUUUUUUUAAUUCUUUUUGUUUAAUUUGUUUUGUGUUAUACUGGGGAUACAUAGAUUAUCGAAAUAAUAUAUGCGUAUUUGACUAAUUAUAUAUUAUAUAAAAUUUCGGACCCCUUCAACCAGGAUU